GAGUUUAUAUAUAGUAAUGGCUGAAAAGAUUGAAAUAGAGAAAGCCUCUAGUUCUUCACAGAACCUGAUAUGUCCGCUAUGUCUUGAUAUUUUUGAUGAACCGACGAUCCUGAUGUGCGGACACACUUUCUGUCGAAAGUGUCUCAAGAAAUAUGAUCUAACCCACCAGGACAUUGACCACAUGGUCUGCCCUCUCUGCAGGGAGAUCACCAAGUUGUCUGCCAACCGUGUCGACGAUCUCCGACUCAAUGUCUCCAUUAACGGAUUCGUAGACGAUUACCACGCCAAGUGUGGAGGGAUGAAUUCUGUUCUAGAAAUGAACCAUAAAUGCACAGCUUGCAAGUUUCAGGAAGACGCUGUCUCCUUUUGCAGAACAUGUAAUAACUACAUGUGUGAUAAAUGCCUUCAAUGUCAUCAACGUCUUAGUGUGUUCGAAGGUCACGAGAUUGUCUCCAUGGAGGAUGUCAUCGAAGGGAAGGUCAGCAUUGGUCAUCUAUUCGAGAAAUGCUUCAUCCACAAACAAGAGAACAAAGAUAUGUUUUGUGAUGAUUGUAAGGUCCGUGUCUGUCUCAGGUGCGUGGUCGUUGGUCAUAAGGUCCAUAACAUCAAGAACCAGUCUGACUUCGAGCAGGAAUUCAGGCGAAAGGUGACAGCCCUUACCCAGCAAUGUGCAGCUAAGAAAGCUGAGCUGGAAAAGAACAUUCAGAAUAUCGAAGAACAACGUCAUGAGGUACACACUGCCAUGCAGAAACUGCUAGAUGAUGUCAGGCAGGCUUACAGCAUCAAGGUCAAAGAGCUGGAAGGAAAUCUUCAAGAUCUCAUUGAGCAAAUAAAUGAAUUGAAGCGAAGUUUCGAGGAUGAUCUCAACAUCUUAAAGUCCAAGGAUCGACAGAGGAUCAAAAGCAUUUGCAGUUCGAUUUCAUUGGUAUAUAAUGACAGACUGGGUCAUCUUGAGACAGACAGUCUUUCUGCUCAUAACUUGCUGUGUGAUGAGCUAGAAGCUAUGCUGAAAGAGGUUACCGAUCGCACUACUGCGGAAGUUAUUGCAAAGAAAGCACAGGAGAAGAGGUUAAAUCCUGCAGAUGCCAAUUGUCUUGACCUUGGAAAAAUCUCAGAACCUUUCGAUCACACUUCUACUGUUGAUAUCACGGAUAAAGCACUGAAGAGUUUUAAUCCUGCAGAUAAAUCUUGUCUUGACCUCGGGCGCAUUUCAGGAUCAGAUCCCAAGUUAGAAACCAUGAAGUGUAUAGAUCUACGGGGAGGACUGUUUGGAAUGACAGCUUACACUCAUACCAGUGUGGCCAUCGUAUAUGGGAGUAAUGCACGAGGUAUUGAUAUCAUUGAUACAGCUGGUGGAACGGAGCGGUAUACAAACAUACCACAUGACGUGGGUUAUAGAGAUAUUGUGUUCGAACGAGACAGAACAUUAUGUGUCUCAACUAGUUCUACAGAAGCACACAUGUAUUCUCCCAAUGGCUCCAGGAAAGCAACAAUUAACGUGAGUGGGACUGGUAAUUAUUUCAGACUGAACAGAAGUCCAUCAAAUGAGAUCCUCAUUGCUAACGCUGCCAACAAAGUCUACAUCUAUGACCCGACUGGAUCCACUCUCAAACACACUGUUCCAACAAAGCACAAGACGUGGGAGGCAUCAUCCACCAGGUCGGGUUCGAUCGUCACCAGUUCAUGUUUCACCAAUCCAAGCGUGGUGACGGUCUAUGACAGGGAUGGGAAUGCUGGUGAGUCUCUACAAGCUCCAGAGGGUGUCUACCUGUAUGCUACCGUGGAUGAGCAGGACAGGGUGUAUGUAGCGAGUGUUGAUUAUAAGAAUAGGAAGGUGGUGAUCAGGCUCUAUGAUCUUGAUGGUCUGAACCUGAGAGAAAGAGUUGAGUUUAAUGCACUUGAUAUGACAUUGGAUUAUAGUUGGUGUUACUUGGUUUCCCUCUCUCCGGGCCUACUCGCCUUUGCUUGUAGGAGUAAGUUAUAUAUCACCAAGGUAUCGCUGUAA